CCUUGGCAAUGCCAAUUUGCAAAUUUUGCAAGCAAUGGAGAGCCUGCUUGCAGAUUUCGUUCGUUGUACUGACCCUGUCCAUGGCAGCUGCGAUGAUCGGUAUGGCACGAACCAUCAAUGGCUUACACGAUGAGUUGACGAGCCUCUCAAAGUCCCAACUUCAGGUUGCGGCUUCACGGUCAGAAGGUUCAGAUUUCGGAGAUGAAUUUGACCCUUCACAGGAGAAGCACUCAGGAGCCCCACCUCGGCAUCUUUCCAUGUUCGGAAUCGGUACUGAUUCAUCGGCAGGUUGUUGGUUGUUGAGCGAUCACGCGACUAGCAACAGCUUUGACGUCAGCCAGGCAACCUGCAACUUUCUCAAUUGUCCAUCGUGCUUCAUCUCCCCAACCAGCUUGAGUCAAGCAACCACGCUCACUAUCACUGGCUGCAGUACGCAUCGAUGGGGAAUCGGGACAGGCACACGCACAAGAAGUGGUGUUUGGGGAUACACCUUCAUCAACAGGGAUUCGACGAACACCAUGACGGUGACCGAUGGAAGCGGCUCUUGGGUACUCUCUCCACUGGCCUAUGUUCAUGCUUACUGUGACUCUGCGAGUGGCAGCAACCGCUUGUACUUUACCACGACAUCAGUGGCCACCCUGACAGUUGCCGAUGGCUUCACGCUUUCGGGUGGAAACUUCGAUGCCUCUGCCAGUACUGGAACUUUUCAAACAGGCAGCGGCGCCAUUUCCCUGAAUGGUGAUGUUACAGCUGCUUCUGGCUUCACAUUGUCAAGUGGCAACUUUGAUGCUUCUGGAAGUACCGGGACCUUCCAAACAAGCUCCGGCGCUGUGUCGGUGAACGGUGCAGUGAGCAUGGCCCAAGGCUUGACUAUCACCAACGGAAACUUCGAUGCCUCUGGGAGUACAGGUACAUUUCAGACCUCCACCGGAGCUGUGAGUCUGAAAGGAUCAGUGACCUGUGACAACGGCUUCACGCUCUCCUCUGGCAGCUUCGAUGCAUCUGCGAGCACGGGCGCCUUCUCCACAGGCAGUGGGAGUGUCACCUUCAACGGACCGGUCUCCGUGACCGGAACCAACACCUUCACGGUGGGCACUGCUGGCAGUGGAGGUGCUACCCGACUGUAUGGAGAUGUUACCGUGGGCGGAGCCAGUGCUGGGCAGGCAGCUGACAUCGACGUGUUUGGUGCCUUCAGACGGUAUGACCACGACAGUGCUCGCAACGUCAUUUCAAGCGCCAGUGACGGGGUCACACUCAAGGGCACUUUGUCUUUGGAUGGCGGAACAACAGUGUCCAGUGGCAACAACCUUGCCAUUGCCACCUAUGGCACCAUUGUCUGCGAUGCAAGCACCGGAGGUUACACAGCCGUUUGUAGAGCAACAUAGGGAGCGGCAAGAGCUGGUUCGAAAGCGUUCGAAGGUCAAUUCAUGACCCAUUCAUGACCCCUGUGUUGCAGAAGGUCGUGGUCUCCAGCGUUUCCUCUCGAGUUGCACAUAGGUUCAGAAUGGUUCAGGCAUGAUCGAGGUUAUUCCUUGAGAUCCGGCAGUCAAAGGCACUGCUCUCCGAGCAUUUGUUCUAUUGGCCUCGGACUAUUCGAUCUGUAAAGCAGACCGACAAGACUGGCCUCUGCGAAAAAG